AUGGCAUCUCGUACUUUGUCAUGCCAUCGCCUCUUAAGAUGUCCCCAAUUCCAAUUGAGAAUUUCACCUCUCACUAAGCAUGCUCGAACAUAUGCCAAAGGAUCAUCACGUCCUGGGCCCGAGAUACAUUGGGAGCAGAAGCGCCAAUAUAGAAAUGCAAAAAUAGUCACCGGUGCUGGGACUUUGUUCAUCAGUAUUCUUAUCUUUUCAAUUAUGACUGGAGACGCCACAAAGCUAGACGCACCGACCAUCGCCGAGAGAGAUGCGCUUGCUAAACAAGAAACUGGCAUAUCUGAAAAGUCGAAUUUACGGCUGAGAAUGGAAAAGUUUAUCAAGGAGCAGCAAGAAAAAAUCAUAGGCGAAAUAGAAAAGCUUGAUGGUAAAAAAUUUCGCGUUGACACUUGGACCCGGGAAAAGGGUGGUGGAGGUAUCUCCUGUGUACUGCAAGAUGGAAAUGUGUUUGAAAAAGCUGGGGUAAAUGUCAGCGUAGUUUAUGGCACUCUACCUCGUCCUGCCAUUGAGAAAAUGCGGGUAAAUCACAAGGCUCUUGAUCCGAAUGUCAAUUCAUUGGACUUCUUUGCCACUGGCUUAAGUAUAGUCCUUCAUCCCAUCAAUCCUAUGGCCCCGACCGUUCAUCUAAACUAUCGAUACUUCGAGACUUCAAAUCCGGAUGGUACCCCGAAUACUUGGUGGUUUGGAGGCGGAACAGACCUAACCCCAAGCUAUCUCUUUGACGAGGAUGUGGUGCAUUUUCACAAGGUCAUCAAAGAAGCGUGUGAUGAGCACAAUAAAGCUUACUAUCCCCGCUUUAAGAAAUGGUGUGAUGGUUAUUUUAGUAACAAGCAUAGAGGAGAGGCUCGUGGCGUUGGUGGAAUUUUCUUUGAUGAUCUUGACGAGCAGGAAAGUAACCAAGAAGACACAUUUGCAUUCGUACAGAGCUGCUUGAAGGCUUUUCUACCUUCAUACAUGCCAAUUAUCGAGAGGCGGAAAGACAUGGAAUACACUGCCAAAGAAAAAGAGUGGCAACAGAUCAGAAGAGGAAGAUAUGUGGAGUUCAACCUUGUUCACGAUCGAGGGACUGCCUUUGGACUGACCACUCCCGACGCACGGGUAGAGAGUAUAUUGAUGAGUUUGCCUCUGACUGCAAAAUGGAAAUACAUGCAUGAGCCGGACAAAGGAAGCUGGGAGCACAGGCUUGUCGAGGUACUGAAACAGCCAAAGGAAUGGGUGAGUUGA